GCAAAUGGAAAUUCUUUUCCACACGCCAGCUUGACCGACCGACGCGCGUCGACAAGUGCACUUAACGCAGAACCCCUCAUACUUCCACUUCUCUACUCCCUGUAAACCAUGUUCUUGACGCGUUCCGAGUACGAUCGUGGUGUCAACACAUUCUCCCCAGAAGGUCGACUGUUCCAAGUCGAAUAUGCUAUCGAAGCUAUUAAGCUCGGAUCGACAACAGUUGGCGUACGCACUCCCGAUGGCGUAGUCCUCGCAGUAGAGAAGCGCGUCCAAUCUCCACUCCUAGAAUCAAGCUCCAUAGAAAAGAUUAUGGAAAUCGAUACCCACCUUGGAUGCGCAAUGUCAGGCCUCACAGCUGACGCUCGCACCAUGAUCGACCAUGCACGCGUCACCGCCCAGAAUCAUGCUUUCACUUAUGACGAGAGGAUUAAAGUUGAGAGUGUCACUCAGGCUGUGUGUGAUCUGGCAUUGCGAUUUGGUGAAAGUGUGCACGACGAAGAGGCGAUGAUGAGUCGGCCUUUUGGUGUUGCGCUGCUUAUUGCUGGUGUCGACGAACUGGGACCACAACUAUACCACACGGAUCCCUCGGGCACCUUCAUGAGGUAUAAUGCAAAAGCCAUAGGGUCAGGGUCAGAAGCAGCACAAAGCGAGCUGCAGGACAAGUGGCAUAAGCAAAUGACGUUGCUUGAGGCACAAAAACUGACGCUGCGAGUCCUAAAGCAAGUCAUGGAGGAGAAACUAGAUCACCACAACGUCCAGUUAGCACAGGUCACGCCACAGAGAGGCUUUGCGAUAUUGGACGAGGUAGAAUUGAAGGAAAUUAUUGACGCCAUGUAAUGUUUGAGGUAGAUGACAAUAUUAGUCAGAUAGUCUCGAGGCGUGUCUUUGCUAACAUUCCGUGAUCGCAAACCUGGGUCGAUGUCGGGAGAACUGAGCUACUGGUACAAUACUUGUACCUAUUAUACCAACGGGAACGGCAUGGUUGUGACUUCAACUCACUAGUGGACUGAAAAGCUAGAGAGAUAAGUCAUCUGCAAGCGGCUGUCUUGUA